AUGGCGGAGGUGAUAAGGAAGAUAGACCGAGAAAAGGCGCUCAUCAAGGGCGCGAACACCAUCCGCCAGUCCACCAACAAUCCAUCCGUGCUCUCCCGACUCGACGCGCAGAUCCGCGAUGGCCGGAGGAACAUCGAGUACCUCGAGGGUCGCAUGCGCGAGCUGCAGAUGAGGAAAAUGGGCACCGAUAUGGACAACUUGUCCAUGAACCGAGAGGGCGGUCGCGAUGGUCAAGGACCGAAUCAGUAUGCCGACCCGCGAGGAGGGCCUGGACAGCAAGGUCCUCCCGGACAUCCACAAGGUGGUGGGUAUGGGGAUGCACCGGGCGACUAUAGUCAACUGAGCGGAGGGGACGUACUUAUGCCGCCAUCUGCUCCCUAUUCUCGCCCCGGUCCGGCGACGGGGACGCCGAAGGCUCGGCCGAAUUAUAGCAAACUCGAUCUGAUCAAAUACGAUACCCCUCACCUUGGCCCCCGCAUCCAGCUCAUGCUAUCGCAGCUAGAGUUCAAACUUAGCGUGGAGAAGCAAUACAAAGAUGGGAUCGAGAAGAUGGUCCGGCUCUAUCAGAUUGAAGGGGAUCGGAAGAGCAAAAGCGAUGCCGAAGCCAGGAGAGUGGAGAGCAACCAAAAGAUCCAGCUACUCAAGCAGGCACUGAAGAGAUAUGAAGACCUACAUGUUGAUAUCGAAGGGGCGGAUGGAGGAGAUGACGAAAGCUUGAACGUUACUGGAGCCCGCAAACCCUUGACGGGGCACCUCAGCAUUCGGAUUCAUGCUGUUGCUGAUGUUGACCAUGCGGCAUCGGGCCGUUUCAGCCGAGGACCCGACACAUUCGUGAUCAUCAAAGUCGAAGACGUGAUAAAGGGCCGCUCCAGAGCCACCAGGACCGAUAGAUGGACCGACGAAGCACAUGAGUUCGACAUUGACAAGGCGAAUGAGAUCGAAUUGACAGUAUAUGACCGAAGCAGCGACCAUCCCAUGCCUAUAGGAAUGUUAUGGGUUCGGAUUGCCGACAUCGCUGAGGAGAUGCGCCGAAAGAAGAUCGAGGCGGAAUUCAAUCAAUCUGGAUGGGUCUCUGCCGAUCGAAUGGGCACCGGAGGGCAAGGGCAAAUUCAGCCCGAUCUACAAUUUAACCCACCGCCGACCCAAGGCGGUCAUGGAGGACCAUCCGCAGCUCAACCUGUGAACCCUCAUGGAGGCAUGCCUCAGACCGGUCCGAUCUUCAUCGAUACCUGGUUCGCACUUGAGCCUGUGGGUCGUAUUAAGCUCACAAUUGGCUUUGCCAAAACCGCGAACGACAAGCGACCAUUCGACGUCGGUCUGGGCCGAAAGGGUGCGAUUCGUCAACGAAAGGAGGAUGUUCACGAACAAUACGGCCACAAGUUUGUGCAGCAGCAGUUCUACAACAUCAUGCGCUGCGCGCUGUGUGGAGAUUUCCUCAAGUACGCGGCCGGCAUGCAAUGUUCCGAUUGCAGAUACACCUGCCACAAGAAAUGCUAUCCAAAGGUCGUCACGAAAUGCAUCACGCAAUCGAACGCGGAGACCGAUCCGGAUGAAGCGAAGCUCAACCAUCGCAUUCCUCACCGUUUCGAGGGCUUCUCGAAUAUGGGAGCGAACUGGUGUUGCCACUGUGGAUACAUGCUUCCACUGGGAAGGAAAGCGUCGCGCAAAUGCGCAGAGUGCUCCCUCACCUGCCAUGUUCAAUGUUUACACUUCGUCCCAGACUUCUGUGGCAUGUCGAUGGAAGCCGCAAAUCAAAUCCUCGCCGAAAUUAAGAACGCAAAGAAACGCCAACCUGCGUCCAUCUCGUCCAUGAGUUCCCGUACUUUGCGUCCGGGUGGACGACCAACGCCUCCUGCAACCGCAGGUUAUGGGCCGCCGACUGAUAGACCUCAACCUGAUCAGCGCUACUCUUAUGGAAAGGAGGCGGGCUAUGAUCAAGGCCAACGGCCUCCCCCCCAUGGCGCUCCUGGACAUUCUGUGGACGCCGCUACCGCUGCGUACAGCGCUGCUCAGCCCGGUAUGCCGGGACCCGACCAAGGUCGACCUCCACCAGGUCAUCGGGGACAGGGGUCACAAUCUGCCGCGGCCGCGGCAACGGCAGCACUCGCUGGCAAAGCGAACGUUCCAGCCGGCGGCGCGGGAUACGGGCGAACAUCGACCGAUUUCGGGCCGGCGUCAGGCCAGGACCAGAAGUACGGACAGCCAUCGGAUGCCGGAUAUCCCGAGUCUCCCACUCAGGCGCGGCCUCCACAACAGCAGCUAUCUCAGCAUCAACCCUAUGAUCCCUCGCGAUAUGCCAACGUCUCCGGGUAUGGUGCCCAGGCGCCGUAUCCGCCGCAACAAACGGGAGCACCUACGCCACCACCGAAAGGCGCACCCUACACUCAGCCCCAAGUCCAAGUUCCGGCCGUUCAGGUGCAGGUUCCGGUGCCACCACAACAUCAACAGCCACCAGGCCAACAGAUUGUCGGACAGGCACCCCAGCCACACGAACAGAAAGGUCCUCCCCCCGCCAACACGGCUGGCAACGGUCGACGGAUCGGGUUGGACCACUUCAACUUCCUGGCCGUGCUGGGCAAGGGGAACUUCGGCAAGGUCAUGCUCGCGGAAACCAAGGCGUCGAAGCAGCUGUACGCGAUCAAGGUGCUGAAGAAGGAGUUCAUCAUCGAGAAUGACGAGGUGGAGAGCAUCCGGUCGGAGAAGCGGGUGUUCCUCAUCGCGAACAAGGAGCAGCACCCCUUCCUGCUGAACCUGCACGCCUGCUUCCAGACGGAGACGCGGGUGUACUUCGUCAUGGAGUACAUCAGCGGCGGCGAUCUGAUGCUGCACAUCCAGCGCGGCCAGUUCGGCACGAAGCGCGCGCAGUUCUACGCCGCGGAGGUGUGCCUGGCGUUGAAGUACUUCCAUGAAAAUGGCGUCAUCUACCGCGAUUUGAAGCUGGACAAUAUCCUGCUGACACUCGAUGGGCACAUCAAGAUUGCAGAUUACGGUCUUUGCAAGGAGGAUAUGUGGUACGGCUCGACGACGAGCACCUUUUGCGGUACUCCUGAGUUCAUGGCUCCGGAAAUUCUUCUCGACAAGAAGUACGGCCGCGCCGUCGACUGGUGGGCCUUCGGCGUCCUCAUCUACCAAAUGCUCCUCCAGCAAUCCCCCUUCCGCGGCGAAGACGAAGACGAGAUCUACGACGCCAUCCUCGCCGACGAGCCGCUCUACCCGAUCCACAUGCCGCGCGACUCGGUCUCGAUCCUCCAGAAGCUGCUGACGCGCGAGCCCGAGCUGCGGCUCGGUAGCGGCCCCACGGACGCGCAGGAGAUCAUGAGCCACGCGUUCUUCCGCAACAUCAACUGGGACGAUGUGUAUCAGAAACGCAUCCCCGCGCCGUUCAUGCCGCAGAUCUCGUCGGCGACGGACACAUCGAACUUCGAUCAGGAGUUCACGAGCGUGACCCCGGUGUUGACCCCGGUGCAAUCAGUCCUUACCCAGGCCAUGCAAGAGGAGUUCCGUGGGUUCUCGUACUGCGCCGAUUUCACCUGA